UUUUAUCUUCCUUUUGUAGGCUCAAUGUUCACUGCGACUGCUGCGGUCGCCGCGCUCAUCCAAGCAUCGCCGCUGGGGUCGCUCGGUCAAUACACACUGAUCUUGCCACAUGGAACGCGAGCAUGGCCAACCAUGAAGCGGCGGCUGAGCGAGCUUGAAUCCAGCCUGUCAUCCAUGUCGCCAAUCUCAGCGACCGCGCCAGGAGCCGAGCGCCCGGCAUCGACCACCGCCCAUACUACGAGCACUGCAGCAACGAACGAUGCGACGCCUUCGUCGACUGAGCCGCCAAAGCCAAAGCCGCCUCCGAUGGAUAACGAGGACACCCGCGCGUUCAAUCUGAUCCAAGAAACUCUCCAAUCAUGGGGCUCACAUCACGCGCCGUUUGGCGGAUUGAAGGCGCUGCUGGAGGAAGAGCUGUGGCCGGCAGAGCGGAAGGUGCUCCUGGGCCAAACCUUUCCCGCGAUUCUGAACUUUGCUUUGGACAUUGAAGCAUUGUUUCUGUCGCCGUACGAGUCCAAGCGGGUUCACCUGUUGAGGCAGGGCGAACGCUCGUCCAUUCCACUUCGUCUCUCGCGAGUCCAAGUCCGAUGCCUGCUGGCACACUGCUUGCUGUGCACAUUUACCGAUCGCCACGCAUAUGCUCGGCACAACUACCCUCAGUUUGAAGCAUCCGGGUUGUUGAAAGGCGGCUCGUCGUCUCGUGUCGCGAAACUGAGGAUGCUUUUGAAUUACUUUCAACGCGUCUCGGUUGAAGAACCUCGAGGCGACAUUCUCUUGCUCAGGCGAACAGUAUCAAAUAUCCCCGACGUCAUGGAAGCCAAGAGGUUGUCACCCGUCCGCCUCCAUCCGAAAGGAAGCAUCGAAGUGCAACCGCUCGCCUCCCAUGCCGAUUUUGCCAACAAGUAUCCAGGUGGAGGGGUGUUAUCGCAGGGCGCAGUCCAAGAGGAAAUUCGCUUUGCAUGUGCGCCCGAACUCAUGAUGUCGAUGCUGUUCUGCGAAGUCUUGCACGACAACGAAGCCGUGAUUGUUCAAGGAGCAGAAACAUUCAGCGAUUACACUGGCUACGGUCGCACAUUGGCGUUUGGCGGGUCGGUGCACGACACGACGACGCCGCGACUGCCGACUGGAACCCUCAUGACUGAAGUAUUGGUGAUGGAUGCCGUCAAGGAGCCUGGUCGUGCGCAGUUCCGCAAGGCUUACUGCGAGCGCACGCUUCGUAAGGCCCUUGCAGCGUUCGAACCGACUGCCCUCUCGAGCGGAGAGACUGUUGCAGGCCAGCCACUGUUUCCAGUCGCCAGCGCUCCGAUAUCCAGCGGAGCAUCCACUUCUGCGGCAGCAACAGCAAGCUUGCCGCCAUCCACGCCCCAAAUCCAGUCGUGGCCCAUUGCAACGGGAAACUGGGGCUGCGGCGUGUUUCUCAAUGACUUUCACCUCAUGUUCAUGUUGCAGUGGAUUGCUGCGUCCCUGGUCGGCCGCUCUCUCGACUACUACCUGUUUGAAACCAAGGCAAUCGAUGUGCCCCGCUUGGAGGCGCUCGUUCAUUACAUCCAGUCGGAGGACAUGUCGAUCGGGCGAGUGUAUGAUCUCGUGCUCACGUUUGGCGCUGAAACGCCGUCGCAUGAGCUGAACAAUCGCUUGAUCGAUUGGCUGCAUGAAGUGCUGGUGCCGCGCAAACAUUGA